AUGGAACUGGUGGAGGAUGUUCGCAGAUCCGCAUUUGAGCCGGAAGCCUGGCGACCAUCGAAGGAGAAGCAUACCAACAAUACAGUCGAUGAGGAGUUCCUUAGUCAUGCUCGAUACCUUCAACAAAUGGUUGUGUACAAGACCUUGAAGUACGGCAUCAAAAACGGAGAUAUAGGACUCAUCGACCGAGUCAUUGGUGUCUGUUGCUUUUACUUCGAGGGGACUGGACAAUCAAACUACGCAUUCGAAAUGCUCUAUCUAAAGCGGCUCACUAGCACCAAAGCUUGUGACAAGGAGCUUCGGCGCGCAAUACUCUCGAAUAGCCUCGUUAACCCGCAUGGCUGUCGGGACACCUGGCAAGAAGUCGAUCGUAGCCUUGAAUAUCUGAACCUGGAGCUGAAAAGAGAGCUUUGGGCCCGUCGAACGUCGACUUUCGGAUUGGAUGCUCUGUUCAAGACUACCUCAUUAACGGCAGAAUAUACUGUUUGUCUACGCAGGGCAGUAGAGGACGCAUUCGCCCGGAAGGGCAACUCCACACAUUCUGUGCCCUCCGCGAUGGAUGAUAUUCAUACAUUAGCCUUUGAGCUGGCAUGCGACUCGAUUAAAUUUUAUGACGGCGGCAGGGAGGCAAGACAUCAAGCACCAGACAUACAUACGAUCGGGCUCGGAAGAGUAGCAACUCAAAAAUUGGAGGUGUUUAAUGCAAAGGUCAUAAGAGAUGAAGAUCGAAUAGUCGUACCACCUUAUGAGAGGAGAGGAGCCACGGCUGAUUUAGAUCCUAAUAGCGACACGAUGGCGAUAUUGGUAUGCGCAUGCUCAUGGAGUUUCUAG